AUGGACGAAGUAAGAGAUGACAAGUCAAGCACCGUUGUCGAUAUCGCUGCAAAUGGCGACGUUAUCUUGGUUGUUGGGCCGGAAAUGGUGAAGCUUCGUGUUCUAUCACUCAUUCUGAAGGCGGCCUCUAAACCGUUCUCCGCUAUGUUUGGACCCGACUGGAAUGAAGGUCAUGAUAUCCUCGGUCGGGAUGAACCAGUAGAGGUGCUGCUGCCCGAAGACAAUGCUGAUGCGCUCAACGUUAUCUGUGCCGUCCUUCACCAUCAGAAUAACGAGGUGCCUGAAACCCUUGCUGCAGGCGACGUUCUAAGGGUUGCUGUCGCAGCGGACAAGUAUGAUUGUGUUAAUGCCCUGAAAUUCGCAAGCGGAAUCUGGCUUUAG